AUGUACGACUACGACGUACCUCUAGAACUAGAAGGCAUACGUCGAGCUCUCGGCCCAGACGACUGGAACGAAUACGUCUACCUCAUGGAAGCCCUCUGGCUCAAUAAGGUUACAGCCCACGAAUUCGAGGAAGGUGCUAAACCGCUAUUUCAGCUUCACCUCGAGGGCAUGCGCAAGAGGAUGAAUAGCGUCAUGGUGGUCAAGAUGAUAAUGCCGCGACUGGAGCAGGUACGGGAGGAGCAGAUAGUCAUGUCGAGCGGUUAA